AUGGCAUCCACCACCAUGCCCAGCCUCAAGCACCCGCGCAGCGACCAUAGCCCCCAGUCGGGCAAGAGGCGACGCCUUGCCGGUCGCAACCUCGAAGAGAAGCCAGCCUUGCUGGAUAUAUCCAUGGAGGAGCUAUCUAAGAGGCAUACUUUCGAAGCUGCGCUGUCGAAUUUGCAUUUGGUGGAACCAGAGCGCGCCAGCCCCAUCAUCCCGGAUGAUUGUCCAGAGCAGACUGUUGUCACGGGGUUCUUGUAUGAACUGAGCGCGAGUCGACCUGCUACCUACCAGUUCGCGAAGUUCCCAACGCACGAUGCUGGAGUCGUGUACGGAUUUGGCGGCUACAAUUGCCCAUCCACUCCAUCAGCUACUGGGACAGGUGUUGGGAACCAGAGCCAGUCGGGGUCGAACACUUCGGCACCCACGGAGGAUGGCGACCUGUAUCCCUCUCGAUAUAGGGUAUAUCGAGGCCUGGGAAAGCGACGUCGAGACAUCUUCGAAAUCCAACAAGGCCCAGGGUUGCCCCUAGCCAAACGACAGGUCACGACCUGGAACCAUGUCCGCCGGCUAUUCCUUUCCCAGUUUCCACAAGUUCCCGUUUCUCGCAAGAGGGUCCUGCGCGAUGAGGCAGAGCUGAAGGAGGUUGAAGAAGUCCAACGUCGGGUCAAGAGGCGGGCGACUUACAAAGACAACGUGAAGACUUUCUCGACCUUGAUGCAUCGCGUUCCGCAAGAGGUUCGCGACAUGAUCUUUGCCAACGUCGUCCGCGAACCUAACGGACUUCGUUAUGACCCCAGCAGCAACACUGUUCUCAGUCGGAACGGGUCGAAGCGGACGACCGUGCUAGAGAAGAUCAGCCCUACCAUCUCGCGGCAAUCCCGCAACGUGCACCUGAAGACAAAUCAGAUCACGUUUCCGAAUAUCUUCGCGUAUAGGAAGGCAAUGGAAGAGAUGCCGCAGGACCAGAAGGAAUCCCUCCGGCACAUCAAGGUCUACGGCAACUGGGCUGAGCCGUACUGGCGCGAAUUUCUGGUGGUUGGCGGCCGCAACGUGGUGCGCACUGGUAUCGAUGAGCUGCUCCAGCUCUAUAACACUCUGCCGGCAUUGAAGUCAAUCACAAUGGUCAUCCACGCUUGGAACUGGGGAACCCGGCGAGAGUUCGACGAUUCAUCCAGAAUCGCCGAAAUCCUCACAGAGCUGCGAGGAAAGGGAGAACUUCCAAGCCGAAAGAAGCUCGCGAUAGUUCCUCUCAUUGGCGACGAACCCGAAAUUCCCUACACCUGUUGGGGGGACAAUUCUGUGAAGGUUGACGAGGAGACCGAAAAGGAGAUGGUUGCGGCAGCCAAGAAAUGGGUCCGGAACGAGGAUUAG